CUCGAAUCACGUCUUCUAACCAUCAAAGUCCAAAAUUUUAAUUAUUCACUAUUCAGUCGAAGAAAAAUAAUAAUGGCUUUAAUUGGAGUAAGAAGCAUUCUAAGAUGCGGCCAAAGCAUAAGUGAUUCUCUUCUCUUCAAUUCAAGAAGUAUAACCAUAAGCAAAACCAAAUUUAACAAAACAGUUGAAGAAAGUAGCAAGAGCGAAUCAACAGAAGUACCUCCUCCUGAAAUUGGUAAAGGAAAUGAAGAAUUUGAAAAAUUCAAUAAACAAAUUGCAGAGCUUACAGACAAGAAUUUAGAUUUAGUAGAUAAAUAUAAACGUGCAUUAGCGGACGGUGAAAACCUUAGACAAAGACUAACAAAACAAAUUUCGGAUGCGAAAAUUUAUGGCAUUCAAGGAUUCUGUAAAGAUCUCUUAGAUGUAGCCGAUGUUCUUGGAAAAGCAACAGAGACUGUGCCUAAAGAUCAAAUAACAGAUAGCAAUCCUCAUUUAAAAACCCUUUAUGAAGGCUUGAUAAUGACUGAGGCUCAACUUAAGAGUGUUUUCAAAAGACAUGGAUUGGAACCUGUGAACCCUUUGGAUGAGAAAUUUGAUCCUAAUUUCCAUGAAGCCUUAUUCCAGCAGGAAGUGGAAGGUAAAGCAGCUGGCACAGUCGUGGUAGUUUCUAAAAUUGGUUAUAAAUUACAUGAUAGAGUGUUAAGACCAGCUCUUGUAGGAGUUUCUAAAUAAACUAAAAAAAAAGUAUUAUAAUAAUAUAUUAUAUAUUUUUGUUUAAUUCCAAGUGUUCUAGUGCGGAUUUGAUUAUAUCACAAGAACUUGUUUAAAAGUGUAAUUUUUUUGUUUUUAUAUAAUGUAUUAGAAAUUUAUUAAGAACU